AUGGUCGUUCCUGAUGUCUUUCGCUGCAAGGAGGUGGAAUGGCUGGUAAGUGUUUACAGAGUCAAGUGAAUGAGAGUCCAUGUCGUAUCUAGUGGUUACACUGUAAAUGCCGCUUAGCUAAAACGGGGGAAAACAACGUUUUAGUUACAGUAAUGUUGCAAAUAAAUACAAGGUCAUGUUUGAUUUAAGUAAAUUCGGGGAGUUUUUUUUGAAAACUGUUUACUUUACUAUAGACAAAAGGGUUACAUUUGUGGGUUCUCGCCAAAAUUUUUACAAUAAUACAGUACCCAAAAAUUGAUUUCUAAUAAGGCAAUCUUCUUCUCAUGUGGAGUAGACAAUUAUCAGUCUGUCGGGAAAAUAACGGCAGAUCGUUGCGUCUCGGAAUCGCCCAUCGCCGCUUUGCGACGGCUGCCGAAGCUGGAGAUUUGGUGCGCGACCACACCCUUUUUUCGACGAGGCGAAACAUUUUGUUGCGACAACCCGCCGUUGUUUAGGCUCAGCCACUAUGGCGUACAGUUUACAUAUGUGUAUACCCACAAAAAAUCUGUCACUUACUUAAGAUGGGAAAGGUCUAAGCAAGCAUCGUUUAUCCCUGGCCGCAUCCUCUUUCGUGCAUUCUUAAAGAAAAUAUGACGCUCACAUGUUGAACACUUCCCUUGUGGAUAUUUUGAAAGUUCUACAGACUGAUACAAGUACUAGCCAAAUACUUCCUUAAUAAAGUUGUUCAAUCUCUAUCUGUCAACCUUAUAACAGUCUACGUCAAACGUAUAAGGCCAUCCACAUUUAUCAUCAUUUGUUAGAAACAGUAAUUCUUUUUCCAAUUGUUAUUCACUUGCAUCAUCCCUGGUAAUUUCAUAAAUUCAGCCCUAAGGCCGUCGACUUUACACCAUUUUCUAAUUGAUGAUCUCGAAAGGCGAUCUCCAGAACUCCCUUAAAUACCCGCUCUCAGGUUUUAUCGCUCAUUCCGUCUGCGAUUCCCAUCGCCACGUGUUUUGAUUUGAUCUAUUUGCGUCUAUUACGUUUGGUAUCUUAUAAAUACAUAAUGCCGAUUACUGUAAGUCCUGAGCUUUGAUCUUUUAAUCAAUUUUUGGAUGGUAAAGGAGAUUACGCAGGGGUUUCCAUAACAUAAAAAAACAAAAUAACGUGUUUGGGGUUAGGUAGAAAGUAAAAAGUAAAGUAAUUUACUGAGCAGUAGCUUGUGUGAUCGCAUUUUUGUUUUUGUUUGAUAAGGUCAAGGGCGAGGUUUGUCGAAGACCAUUUUCGUAUCAUUUCUACUUUGAUCAAGGGUCUUGUAACGCAGUAUUACUCUGCAAUUUACCGCGGCCAGUACGCCAACUGUUCAUCCAAAAAAGGCAAGAUUUAUAAACUUAGAAAACCGUCAUCUUAUUCUUCAUCAAGUUUUUGAAACCCACGCCAUAUAUUUACAGAAAUUUCCCCCUCGUCUCAUGAUAGUCAUUAACUUUUGAUUACUUUUCUCGCGCGCAAUUUAAACCUUAUUAAGCACUUACUUAGUAUCCCAUCUCAUAUUUCGAUCAAUCUCUUUGUGACAUUCGUUUUGUAUGAUAAAAACGUGGAAUGUGUUCAGCUGCGCGCGUUUUGCAAAUCGACACGUAUCAAGAUGAAGAAACUUCCACAUGGUAUAUGAACGACAAAUUUGUGAUAUUAGAUUUAGUGACGUAACAUUAGAUCAAGACAUGAUAAGAUUUUACAAUAACACUGGGCGGAAAGACAUUUGAGAGGAAACAAGUGAUACUAUAGGGUGGUUUGGCGAAUAGUUAUAUUGCACUUGACAUUUGAGAGGUUGACGGUUUAAAAAUUGAUUUCUUUUUGUCAUCAUGCCCUUAAGAGUAGGUUCAAUGGCGAACUUUGGUGGCUUAGAGCUUUGAGAACAAGAUUAAACCCAUUUUUUGUUUCAGGAAUACACCAUGGAUUCGUAUGUUGCCGAUGUUACGACCAGCCCCUCCCAUACCACCAUCAUCUUCACGUUGGCCGAAGAACCGGGAGCUCUUGCUCAAACCCUCAGAAUCUUCAAGGUAAGGUACUUACAACAUCUAACAUUUAUUUUGUACUGCAAAACACGUUUUUUCUUUUAGGAAAAGCGUGUAAAUCUCACUCAUAUCGAAUCUCGCCCCUCCAAAACUCACGAAGGAUGCUAUGAGGUGCUCGUUGAAUGUGCUGACAAUUCGGAUAAAUCGAGGAUCGAGGAGCUCAUCAAAGUCUUCAAGGCGCACGCUGAGAACGUCAGAGUCCACGAUUUCAACUCUCAAGUGAAGCAAAACAAGGAAUCAGUCCCAUGGUUCCCGGUGAAGAUCUCUGAUAUCGACCAAUUCGCCAAUCGAAUCCUGAGUUACGGAAACGAGUUGGACUGCGAUCAUCCCGGAUUCAAAGACGCCGAAUACAGAGAGAGGAGGAAGAUGUUCGCGGACAUCGCCUUCACAUAUCGACUGUAGGUUCAAUUUAAAAUCCUGUCUUCAUCUGAUCUAGUUGGAUAUAAUCUUUAUUUUUAGUGGAGAAAAGAUCCCUCGCGUUGAAUAUAUGGAACGGGAGGUGGCCACUUGGAGAGCAGUCUACAGCGAGCUUGUCAGUUUAUACAAGACUCAUGCCUGCCGCGAAUUUAAUUACAUUUUCCCGCUUUUACAACAAAAUUGUGGAUAUGGACCGGACAAUAUUCCGCAAUUACAAGAUGUCUCCGACUUUUUGAAAGGUAGUUGGAGCAUUUUAAAUGCUAUUAAAAUACGUAUUUAGACAAUGAAAAGUGUACCUAGACUUUUCAAGACCAAUUUUUUGCCAGAAAAAUUAGAAAAAUCGGAAAAUAAAAUGUCCACUUGUCUGAAUGUGCCAUGGAUAAGAUAAUUGGUAUUUUCAGACUGCACCGGCUUCAUCAUCCGUCCAGUUGCUGGUCUUUUGAGUUCCAGAGACUUUUUGGCCGGUCUUGCCUUCCGGGUUUUCCAUUCUACUCAAUAUAUUAGACAUCAUUCCGUCCCCAAAUACACCCCAGAACCGUAAGUCAUCAUUUUUCUUAUUUUUUGAAGGGUCAUACGUUGGCUAAUGCCAUCUAAAGCGUACAGUAGCUGCCAAAAAACUGUCAAUUUUUUUAUUUUUUGUGUAACUCUGCUCAACGUAGAUGGAUUUAAACGAAACAAAUACCAUUCUGUAGAGAAUUAUUGCUAUUAUCUUACGGUGUAGCGAUUGGAGCGAUUUUACAUCUUAGUGUGUAACAACUGUCGAUGUAAAAUUUUUGGAAAGACAAAAAACUGUCAAUUUUUCCAAAAAAAAUUUACCGUUUGGAUACGUCGCAGCAAAUGAUGGGAUAAUAUAUUCCGAUUUUUAAAUAAAGUCCCACUCUACAUUAUUGACCACCAAUGGGAGCCAAGAACAUUAAUUUAGUAUACCUUUUGAUGAUCCCAAGUUCGAUACCCAAAAAGAUGACGUUUAAGGAAAAAUCGGUGUUUUUACUUUGACUUAGCAGUAAGACAAUGCUUUGUAGCAGAAGCUAGACAACCUACAUUUAAAAUAGAACAAUGAUUGGGAGCCUAAAUGUAAGUCUACGGACUCCACUUGACAUUCAAGUUUUUCUGGCAGUGGAUGUGCCGUGGAACUUCAGCCCGGGUGCUUCCGUAGAUACCUCUAUCGUACUUCCAACGCGACAGAAGGCACCUAUGUGAAUAGUGAACAGUUUAGAACAGCUGCCGCGGCAGGCCCAUACUUUGCGCCUAAAAAAACAAGGUCCGAAAUAGAAUCUUUGAAGAAAAAUUGUUGUCUCGAUUUGCAGUCUCCAUAAGAUUGAAAUAACCCAGUGCAACGAAGAGCAAGAUGUUGCGUUGUAGAUUUAUAGCCAUUCUUGACGUUUCUAGCGCAAUUUCACUCCCUCUGAGGUGUUGCUAAAGUCGUAAGCUGGCUUGCAAGUUUCCACAAAAAAAAUUUGUUGUUAAUGACAACAUAACCCUCCGUAAUUCUUAUGUGACUUGCAUCGCCGUCCUACGAAUGCCAACAUAAAGCUUCUAGAACAUCUGUGAUCACGUCUUGAUAAAAAAUUGGUAAGUUGAAACAAAGGCGGAGGCAACAAGGCCAAGUCUCUACAGAAACUCGAUUGCCGGAGAAACUUGAAUGUCAAGUGGAGUCUGUAGACUUGCACUUUGGCUCCCAAGCAUUGUUCUAUUAUAAUUGUAGGUUGUCUAGCUUGUGCUACAAGGCAUUGUCUUACUGCUAAGUCAAAGUAAAAACACCGAUUUUUCCUUAAACGUCAUCUUUUUGGGUAUCGAACUUGGGAUCAUCAAAAGGUCUACUAAAUUAACUUUCUUGGCUCCCUUUGAUGGUUAAUUAUGUACAGUGGGACUUUAUUUAAAAAUCGGAAUGUACAAGCCCAUGAUUUGCCGCGACGUAUGCAAGCGGUAAAAUUUUUUUGGAAAAAUUGACAGUUUUUUGUCUUUCCAAAAAUUUUACAUCGACAGUUGUUACACACUAAGAUGUAAAAUCGCUCCAACCGCUACACCAUUAGAUAACAGCAGUAAUUCUCUACAGAAUGGUAUUUGUUUCGUUGAAAUCCGUCCACGUUGAGCAGAGUUACACAAAAAACAAAAAAAUUGACAGUUUUUUGGCAGCUACUGUAUAUUGUGAUCCUUACAAGAAAUGAAGAGUGUUUUAUAAAAAUUUUGUUUCAGCGACGUUUGUCACGAGCUUCUGGGUCACGCUCCCUUAUUGGCUGACCCCGAUUUCGCCCAAUUCUCCCAAGAGAUUGGACUUGCCUCGUUGGGGGCUAGCGAUGAAAUGAUCGAACAGUUGGCUACUGUAAGUCUAAUUUAACAGCCAAGCUCAUAAUCUAAAAAUGUUUUUGAUUUAUGAUGACUAAUAACGAGUACAAUAUAAUUUUCUUUGCAAUUUCAGUUGUACUGGUUCACUGUCGAAUUUGGAGUUUGCAAUCAAAGUGGAGAGCUCAAAGCCUACGGCGCCGGACUUCUCAGCUCAUUCGGAGAGCUGCAGUACGCUCUGAGCGACAAACCCGAGUUCUCUCCCUUCGAUCCCAGUGUAACGUGCAUGACAAAGUACCCAAUUACUGAGUACCAACCAAAGUAUUUCAUCGCGGAGAGCUUUAGCGACGCCAAGAAUAAAUUGACGUAGGUUUUUGUGUUAUAACUGAUUUUUGUCUUUCGUAAGAGAAAGUGCAUUAGAAGUAAUUAUAAAAAUUAUAUGCCUAUGAUAUAGUACAAGGAUAGAUAAGACAGUAUUUGUAUUUUUGUCUAGCUGAAAACGUAGACAAAUUCAUAUACUUUGGUCUGGCGAUAUUAUUGUGGUUAAAAAGACGACAAAGACUAAAAUACGCUUAAUUGUAAUAUCCAUUUACCAUGUUUUCAGUUCUUGGGCUUCGACCAUCCGCAGACCUUUCCAAGUCCGUUACAACCCCUACACUCAGCGUGUUGAGAUUUUGGACAGCGUUCCAGCUGUUCAAAGCUUGGUAAAGGACAUCAAAUGUAAGCCGAUUCUUUCAGAAGAUUCCUUAAAUUUAAACAUUCCAAAAAAAUAUUUUUUUUCAAUAAUUCGAAUACUCAGAAUAAUAACUUCUUAAUUUCAGCGCAAAUGGCGAAGCUAGAGGAUGCUUUAACCAAGAUCUGCAGCGAUGACUAA